CUUUCACCACCUUUGUGUAAAGACUCGAACGGGGUACCGACACAAUUGAGUAUUUUGAUCAAUUACAACUGUCUUACGUGUAAAAAAAAAAAAAUGCUUUCGUAUACAUGCAGUAUAAAGUAACAUAAGUAAAAGAAAAUGAAGAAAAUAAUGGGAUCAUUACAUGAUGAUGAUUCUACUUCUGCAGAAGAUGUUCGGGUUUCUUUCAAUACCAGCGCUAUGGAUUCACGUAAGAUAGGAAGCACUGAUGCCACUUCUAUUAAGAAUUCAACUAAAAGACCACAAAAAAAAUGUUCUUCGUCAUCUGAAACUAAUUAUUCUAGUGCAAAUGAUGAAACUAAAGAGAAAUGGAUGUCUAAUAAACAGCAGUCAAAGCUGGACAAACAAGAAAAUAAUACAAAAAACAAAAAAGCUAUUUGCACUAAUGUAAGAAGAAAAAAUUAUAAAAAUAAGGAAUCAAAAUGUAGUGAUUCAGAAGAAGGAAAACAUUCAGAAAAAGGUCAAAAGAAGCAUUCAAUCUCAAAAUCGAGUCGAAGAAGUUUUAUCACUUUAAAUAAAGAUGAAGCUGAUUCUAGUUCUGGAAAAGAAUUUCAAAAGUCAAAAUUUUCUCGUCAUAACAAUCUUAUAAAGAAAGUGUCUGGAGCUAAUAAGAAUGACGAGUCAGAUUCAUCAUUUAAAAAACAUACAGAAGAGAAAACCAUGAUCAGUAAAAAGCAAAGUUUAUGUUUUAAAUCUCGUGUUAUGAAAAUUUUAAAUAGAUUUAAAGAAGUUUGUUCUGAUUAUGAAUUACGGAUGGAACAUGUAAAAUGGAAACAUUUAAAAAAAGAAUUAGUGUAUCAAGAAUCUGCAAAUAAUAUUGUAAACAAAUCAAAAAGUUUGAUUAAUGAACUUAAAUUGGAACUUGAUAUCCAAGAAAAGGAAUUAAUAAAUUUUUAUGAAGAAUGGAGUAAAAAUUGUAGUAUACAGAAUACAGAUCAUGAAGAUAGUUCUUCAAGUGAAAAUGAAGUAUUAGAAAAUACAAAUAAGAAAAUACCAGAUAAAUCAAAGAGUAAUUCAAAAGAAGGAAGUAUAGUUUCAGAAUAUGAUAAUGCAGAAAUAUUUUCUGACACUGAAGUAAUAUCUACCAAAACAAAUAAAAAAAACAACAAGGAAAAUGAAAGUUCAUCAGUUGCUGAAACAGAAAAACUUAUAGAUGAUGAUACUGAUGAAAACGUAUCAAGAGUUAUAUCACCAAUUUUAGGUAGUAAAACUGAGAAAGAAAUAUGUAAUAAAAUACAUACAAAAGAUGCUUCAAGAACUGUUUUGAACGAAAAAGUUUCAAAAGUAUCUCAUAACAAUGAAAAUAAACAAGUCGAGAAUGAAUCUUUAGAUGACAUAUUUGAGGAAAGUACAACUAAUGAUGCAUCUACUUGCAAAUCAGUUAAAAAUAAAAAUUUGCUUUCAAAUGAUAGCUUAACACAAAGUAUUGAUACAGAAUCUCAACUUAGUGAAGCAACAAUAACUAUAGAAGACACUGUAGGAAGUAAUACAAACUCAACUACUGUACUAACUGAUGCUCAGAAAACAUCGGAAUCGACUAAAAAUGAUGAAGAUAAUUCUCUUCCAAAAGUUGUUAAUAAAGGACAAACCGAAAAAGUACUCUUAGAAUCAGAUCAGGAAACACCUUCAAAUGAAGAGUGUCCUAUUAAAAAAUCAUCUACAAAAUCUUCAACCAGUAAUUCAAAUGAAAAAGGCAAAUCAAAAGUCAAAGAAAUAAAGUCUAAUAGCAAACAAGAUAAUAAAGUACAAAAUAAGUCCACUUCUAAUGAUACUCCAUCAGAUGAGCAAGUUGAAAUUAUUGAUAUAGAAAAUUCUGUUAAACGUACACUUUUAGAUUCAAAUUCAGAUGAUUCUAUGGAUUUCUCUUCUGACAAAAAAAUGUCUGACGAGAAAGAUGACGAGCUAGAUGAUAAUAGUGAUGAUAUGCAUGCAAAAGCAAAGUUACUAAUUUCUUCAAACAGUGAAAGCUCAAGUUUAAGUUCUGAUAGUGAUGAUAAACUACAGUCUACAAAAGUGAAUUUACCGUUAAAAAAAAGUAAUACAAAAAAUAAAGAUUUAGUUACAGAUACUUCAGAUUUUGAUGGAAGUGUAGGGGGAAGGGUGAAAAAAAGACGAUAUUUACUCAAAGACGAACAUAAAGCCGAUAAAAAAUUAAAUAUGGCCUGCCGCGUUGUUUUAGAAAGAUUGCCGAGGAGUAUUCUUAGGAAACAUGCGAAGGCGUUGCAAAAAUCACGACAGUAUUUGGAGUGUAAACAGAUUAAAAGUCUUAUUAAUGUGGAUAGACUGCAAAAAAAUCAAGGAAAAAGCUGUGCAUCAGGACAAAUUUCAUCCAAGAAAAAAUUAGCAGCAAAAGAAACAAAAGAUUCCCUCUUAGAUCAUUUAGAGAAAGUAAAAAAUGGCGAGUUUGUUGAAGAUGCGGACAAGAAUGCUCAUUCAGAUAGUAGUACUAGUACAAUUCUGUUACCACGAGCUAAUAUUCAAACUAACGAUCAAUUAAUGUUAGAAGCAGAUAAAGCUACAAAGAACAUGCUUCUAAAUUCUUCCGAUUCAGACACUGAACAUCAAAAAGCCUCCUUAGAAGUUCAUGAUAGUGAUAAAGAAAAGGACAAGAUAAAGGAUAAAUCAAGAAGACCUUCUGCAACAAAGACAGAAAAGAAAGACGAUGACGAGGAAGAUGAAGAAAAAAAGAAGAAGAACAAAUGGAGACGAAACAAGAUAUUGACAAUGAAGCUUUCUUCAGAAACUGAUUCAGAUGCUGAAAAAGCAAAGUGGAAGAGGACUCAAGAGAAACUGCGAGAAAAACAGGAAGAAAAUGAUGAUCAAGGUUCAAACAUUGAGAAUAAAAUAGUUACACGCAAAAGGAAAAAUCGUAGAAAAAUUGUGGAUUCUGAUUCAGACACAAUGGCAAUUAAUUCCGACACGAAUUCUGAUUCUUCUGUCGUAUUGGAAGAAAAUUCAUCUUCAGACAGUGACGCUUCAACGAAGAAGCAACAGAAAAAAACACGUAAACGUAAAACGCGUAAAUCUUCUGAUACAGAUUCCUCAUUUGCGGAAAAAAGAGCAAAACCGAAAAGAAAACGAAUAAAAAAUGUAAGUACCGACAGCGAUGAAAAUGCUGAUGACGCACUUUCAAAUUCGCAAGGAACCCCUGGAAAGAAGAGUCGUAAAAAUAUUCGAAAAGUCAUGAAGGACAAACAAGUUGCGGAUGACACAAAGCAAGCUGCUAAAGAAGAAGAAGAAAGACUUAAACGCAUUGCUGAGCGACAAAAAUUGUACAAUGAAAUGUAUGAAACCAGAUUGGCUAACGAAGAAAAGGUAGACAAACUUGUAUUAGAUUUUGAUCCUGAAACAAAAGAAGAACUUUUAAGCGUUCACGAGGAUUUAGUGAAACGUUUGAAACCUCACCAAGCUAAGGGAGUAAAAUUCAUGUGGGACGCAUGUUUUGAAUCUAUUGAAAGAAUGAAGUCUUCCCCAGGAUCUGGAUGUAUAAUUGCACAUUGUAUGGGACUUGGCAAAACUCUUCAAGUAAUUGCAUUGACGCAUACACUUUUAGUACACGAAGAACUUGGUGUUAAAACAGUUAUGAUUGUUUGUCCUUUAAGUACGGUACUUAAUUGGAGAAAUGAAUUCAAUCUGUGGUUGAAAGAUAUCGAGCAUGAUAUUGAAGUUUAUGAACUGACCAAAUUGAAGCAAAAUUCAGACCGAAGGUAUAUGUUAGAAAGUUGGCAAAGGACUGGUGGUGUACUUAUCAUUGGAUAUGAAAUGUUCAGAAAUCUCAGCGGUACCAAUAACAGAAUGCGGAAGAAUAUGAAAGAAUCAGUCUUAAAAUGUUUAAUAGAUCCUGGUCCAGACAUAAUAGUUUGUGAUGAGGGUCAUUUAUUAAAAAACGAAGAUACCGCUCUAAGUAAAUCAAUGAAUCGUAUAAAAACAUUAAGGAGAAUUGUACUAACAGGAACACCUCUGCAAAACAACUUAAUAGAAUAUCAUUGCAUGGUACAGUUUAUAAAACCAAAUCUUUUAGGAACAAAAAAAGAAUUUUUAAACAGAUUUGCAAAUCCAAUAACGAAUGGUCAGUUUGAUGAUUCUACUGAAUACGACGUUAAAUUAAUGAAAAAACGUGCUUACGUUUUACACAAAAUGUUGAAAGGUUGUGUUCAGAGAUUCGAUUAUUCAGUAUUAAUGCCAUUUUUACCACCAAAACAAGAAUAUGUUAUUUUUGUAAGUUUGACAGAAGUGCAAAUUAACUUAUAUCGGCACUAUUUGGAAAAUUUCGCACGACAAAAACGCUCUGGUGGUGGAUUUCUAUUCACUGAUUUUCAAGCGUUACAAAGAAUAUGGACGCAUCCUUUAGUUUUACAAUUGAACGCAGAAAAAGUAGAAAAAAUAAAUGGUAGAAGAUAUACUAGUGAUUCUGAAGGCUCAUUAAGGAGUUUUAUUGACGACGAUACCGAGACAACUACAACUACUAGUAGUUCCAGUGAUGAAAAUGACGAUGACGUUCAGGCUAUUGACUCUGAUGUUCCAAAGAAAAGUACAAGACAAAAUAAAAUAGAGCCCGAGGUUACUCCAAAAGUAGAAGAGAGUGAAGUAAAAGAAGAGGCGUGGUGGUCACAAUUUGUUCAACCAGAACAUUUUGAAGACAUAAGAGUUUCCUCUAAGUUGUUACUUCUAUUUGGUAUUUUAAAAGAGUGUGAACAAAUUGGGGAUAAAAUAUUAGUAUUUUCCCAGUCAUUAUAUUCAUUGACACUAAUUGAAAGAUUUCUUGAGAAGAUCGAUAACGAAACACAAAAUGGUACGAGUUCGGAAUGCAUCGAUGGUCAUAGCGGUAGUUGGUCAUUAGGGUUAGAUUACUUCCGAUUAGAUGGUCAAACAUCAGCUGAAAACAGAAAUACUUGGUGUAAAAUCUUUAAUCAACCCUCAAACAUGAGAGCAAGAUUAUUCUUGAUAUCGACACGAGCAGGUGGAUUAGGAAUUAAUUUAACUGCUGCAAAUCGAGUGAUUAUUUUUGAUGCAAGUUGGAAUCCGUCUCACGAUGUACAAAGUAUAUUCCGCGUAUACAGAUUUGGUCAAAAGAAGCCAUGUUACGUGUAUCGGUUUCUAGCGGCUGGCACAAUGGAAGAGAAGAUCUAUAAUCGACAAGUGACAAAAUUGUCACUUUCCUGCAGAGUUGUUGAUGUACAACAAAUAGAACGUCAUUAUAGCAACCAUGAUUUAAGUGAACUGUAUAAAUUUGAACCGAAUCCGAAUAACGGAGAGAAAACUUUGAAUUUGCCAAAAGAUAGACUAUUAGCGGAAAUAUUUUUGAAAUAUAAAAAGUAUGUGGAGAACUAUCACGAACACGAUUCACUUUUAGAGAAUAAAGCUGAAGAAGAAUUGAACGAAGAAGAAAGAAAGCAAGCGUGGUUAGAGUAUGAAGAAGAGAAGAAAGGAAGGCAAAUGCCACCACCUCAGACAAUGACACUUUAUCCAAAUAGUGUAAUGUUGAAUCAAUAUAAUUUAACAUCACCACUUGAUAUCACUACGGACUAUGAAAAACUUCAAGAACUUAUUCGAAAAGAUUAUCCAAAUGCAACGCCAGAGUAUCAGCAAAUGGUAACUGCUCGCGUUUUAACAGAUAUGUACAAUUAUUGGGAACAACAAACUUAUAAUUCCAAUAAAAGAUUAAUAGAACAGAAUCUAAGUACAAAAGCACCAAUCCUGAGAGCACAGAUGCUGAACGUGGCUCAAACGUCCUAUGGAUUACAUAAUGCCACUUUGAAACCUGCAAAUCCUGUAAUCCCUACAACCCCUGCAAGUUCUGAUAACGAUGUUAUAGAGAUUAUAUCUCCUCCAACAAAUAAAACAAAUAAAAGUAAAGAAGAGUGAGUAAGAAAAAGUAAAUAUUGUUAAUGUAGGUUAGGAGAACCUAACAUCAACAUCACUUGAACAAACAAGUUUUGUAUUGUUUUGCAUAAUAUGAAAACUGUUUGAUAAUCUAUUAUCCUAGCUACUUACAUUUUAAUUCAAAGAACGUUUAAUAUUUUAUAUUUAUAUAUUACAC